CCCCUGACUCUUCCAGUACGCAUCUCGCACAUUUAAACACCUGUGAUAAAAGUUAGUCCGGACUGUCUGUUGAGAGCACCAGUUUAAUUAGUUAUGGGCGACUCUGGUAAAACACCUGUUAAGGGCGCUGAAGGAGUGAGGAAAGAUUUAAGAGCAAGAGAAGGGGCUUCUUUUGCUCCGUGCGCAGGUGAAGACUGGGGCUCUUGCUUGAAGAGGAUGCGGAGCGUCAGCUGCAUCCCGUCUGAGUAUCGGAAUGAGCUGGUACAACUUUUGAAACUAGCGGGACCAGUGGUCAUUUCCCAGACCAUGACCACUUUCAUCGGUUUUGUCAGCAUUGUGUUCUGUGGUCAUCUGGGAAAAACAGAACUAGCUGGAGUAGCAUUAGCCACUGUGGUGGUUAACUGCACUUGUUUUUGCACUGGCUUUGGUCUGGCUUUAACUUGUGAUACUCUCAUAUCUCAGACCUAUGGGAGCGGUAACUUGAAGCGUGUGGGUGUGAUUCUCCAGAGGGGGAUUCUGAUUCUACUGCUGGCCUGUUUCCCCUGCUGGGCUGUCCUCAUCAACACUGAACCCAUCCUACUUGCUAUCAAACAGAGCCCAGAGGUCGCCAGUCUCUCUCAGCUGUAUGUGAAGAUCUUAAUGCCCGCUGUGCCGGCCUCUUUUAUGUACCAUCUACAAAUGAAGUAUCUUCAGAAUCAGCAAAUCAUAUGGCCUCAAGUGAUAACUGGAGCGAUAGGAAAUGUUUUCAACAUAAUCAUCAACUACAUCUUUCUCUAUCAUAUGGAUCUUGGUGUUGCUGGAUCUGCAGCAGCAGGUGCCAUCUCUCAGUAUUUGCUGGCUGUGACCUUAUACAUUUACAUUUGCUGGAGGGGUCUGCACAAGUCCACAUGGGGAGGUUGGUCACUUGACUGUCUGCAGGAGUGGGGACCCUUUGUCCAGCUGGCCAUUCCCAGUAUGUUCAUGUUUUGUCUGGAGUGCUGGAUGAUAGAGCUGGGAGGACUCCUUGCUGGUCUGAUUAGUGAGGCUGAGCUAGGAGCUCAGUCGAUAAUUUUUCAGCUCUGUAUUUUAACAUACAUGCACCCUGCAGGAUUCGCUGCUGCUGCCAGUGUCCGGAUUGGGAAUGCUCUUGGUGCAGGAAACAGAGAGCAGGCCAAACUAUCAUGCAAAGUCCCCAUCACCUGUGCAUUCAUAAUUUCAUGUUUUGUUGGAGCUAGUUUGAUCUUCACCAGAAAUGUCAUUGGACACAUUUUCACCUCAGAGCAAGAAAUCUUGGAGAGGGUUCCUAACGUCGUGUUGAUAUAUGGUUUCAUGCAUGUUGUUGAUUCCGUUGCGUGUGUGAGUGGAGGUGUUCUCAGAGGAGCAGGGAAACAGUUGAUUGGUGUUCUGUGUAACCUAGCAGGACAAUACUUCAUCGGCCUCACCAUCGGUGUGUCACUGAUGUUCCCAGUGAAAAUGGGCAUUGUAGGGCUGUGGACAGGAUUUACCAUUGGUGCGCUAAUGCAGGCAAUUUUCUUUGUCACAUAUAUAUACAAGCUUGAUUGGGAAAAGGCUGCUGAAGAGGCAAUGGUGAGAGCAGGAAUCCAGGUCAUAGAAAAAAAAGAGGCAGGAAAUGCAGACUCAAAUCUCAACAAGGCCCAGGUCAAUACUCCUGCAUCCAGAUGUGAGAGUGCUAAGGAAAACCACACAUCCAUGGACGUGCAUAUUCCAGCCCAGAUUAAAUCCACUACCACCACAGUGGGAGAUGUUCUUACGGUAACACAGCUGGUUUUACGGCGUGGACUGACAUUUCUGUUCAUGGUCAUCAUCCUUGUUGCUGGAAUCUUCCUCAGCAACUUGCUUGUCAGGCUACUGAAAUGAGUCCUCUAAUCCCA